AAAUGAUUCAUUUAUGAUAACAUCACCCUUACCAUGCCCUUUAUGAAAAAAAUUUAAAAAUUAAAACAAUCAGAAAGUGAAACUACAAAUUGAGCGCGAAAUUCAAAAUCGAAUUUUCAAGACACCACCCCGAUCCCGAACAGAAAUGAAAGUAGAAAGAAAACCCGAUAUUGAAAUGAAUGCAACAGAUGUAGCCACUGAACCUGGAUUUGAUUCUUCAGAUGACGAUUCUGGAGAGGUUGAUUUGUCACCGCUGGAAAUAUCAUGGCUGGAUUUGACAUGUUAUGGAUAUGAAACUCCUGUGGGAAUCACAUCCUUACCUGGUUGCCGUUUCAAAGAUGUCUGGAGAUCCCUGGAAAAUGAUAUAAAAUGUCUGGUUUCUGAGGAGGUGCAGGAUGUGUACUGUCUGUGCAGUAAAGGAGAGCUGAACAAGUACCGUGUCCAGUGGUUGCUUCAUGAGCUGUCAGGGGCGGGGCUCACCGUCCACCAUUUCCCCUUCCUUGAUGGUCAGCCUCCAGCCACAGCCCAGCUAAUGAGGAUUGUAGAAGAACUCAAGAUCAGUCUUAAAAACAACAGAAAGGCCAUCAUACAUUGCUAUGGAGGAUUGGGGAGAUCUUGUGUGGUUGGUGCAUGUGUCUUGAUGACUUUGGAUUCUGAGAUGACCCCCGAGAAGGCAAUAGAGAAAAUGAAAGAACUGAGAGGACCAAGAGCUGUUCAAACAGUCAAGCAAUUCAACUAUGUAAAUGAGUUCCGACAAACCCUAGCAGAUUUCCUGAAGGAGUUUGAAGACGUGGAUGUAAAAACUAGAUCUCUCUCAAGAUGACCUAUCUGUACAAGUAUAUGUACUGUAUAUACUGUACAAGAUACCAAUAGUAGGGUAAUUAAUUGAUGAAUAGUGCAUGAAUUUGUUUAUGCAUAUAUUGAAUUAAUAUUUUUCAGUAUGGAUCAAAUUAUAGUCUUUGUGCCAAAACAAAGUCAUUUUUGUUGUAAAGAUGUUGUGUAAUUCAGUAUCAUGUUGAAAUGAUGUAGAUUAUCAUGUUUCUGAAAGUCCAUAGAUCUGUCAUAACUUAUUGAAUAAAAUUGAGAUGCUAUGUUCCUGGAGGAAGUUGAAUUCAGCAAA